GGACUGUCACAAGAACAGGAAGACUACUACGUAGUCGACUCCUUGCUGUCACUUAGGGGUUAAAAAGUUAACUAAACUUCUAGCAGCCAUGGAAACUAAUUUGGGAGAUGCUGUCGAUCCGAUUAAUCUGUAACACAGACUCUUCGCCCGUGUUUUGGGUUGAUAGAAACACGUCGUCAAACCAGGAAGAGUGGAGUUUUAUUUACCGCGGAGUCGUUCGUUACUGUAGCGGAGAAGCUAGCUUAGCCAAAGCUAGCUAAAGUUAGCUAACUUUGUACCGCAUAGUUUCUGGACCUAAAAUUCAAAGUGUUGGGUUGCGGCUUGCGUGUGAAUAGAGGUAGAAACGCAUCUUCAUCAGUGUCUGAUACACGCAACAGGUUGGUUCCAUACUUUUCGCUCCGAGGACUUGGGACUAUGCUUUGAAUUUCCCUCCUUCAGUGAUACGGACGAGCGGUUCAGCGAAGAAAAGGAUUCGUUCGGUGUAGUUGGCAUAGCACCAAAUCAUUAGCAACCCUGUGCUAAUUGUGGCUAGUUAGCCGAGGCAAUAGACUAGGCCCAAGGGGAAUUAACUUUUUUCACAUCACCGAAGGAGAUAUUUUCCUUGGGUUGAGAGCGUGGGGAUUAACGCUACAUGUCUUUAUUUUGAAAUCCACUUCAAGGAAGCGUAUUAAGUUACUAACAUGGAGUCAAACACGGGGAGCUCUGCAUCAGCUGCUGGUACCAAGAAGGAUAAAAAAUCCAAGAAGGGCUACGAGGAUGGAGAUGGGAAAAAGAAAUUUACACUCAAGAGGCUGUUUCCUGAUGAGUUGGAGCGUUUUACCAGCAUGAGGACGAAAAAGGAAAAGGAGAAGCCAAGCCAUGUGCCAAGUCACAGACACUCUUCAGCUGCCAGCUACGAGAUCAGUGCACAGGGUCCCAUGUUGCAUGAUCUUACUGAUGAAAAUGUCCUGGAGCUGUUUGAACAGAUGUUGGUGGAUAUGAACCUUACUGGGGAGAAGCAGCAGCAGCCUCUAAGAGAGAAAGACAUUAUGAUCAAACGAGAGAUGGUCUCCCAGUACCUCCACACAUCUAAAGCUGGGCAAGACCAGAAGGAAAGCUCGAAAUCUGCCAUGAUGUACAUCCAGGAGUUGAAGAUGGACUAUAAGGACACACAAAUGUUGAGCUGUCUGGAAUCACUCCGAGUCUCACUGAAUAACAACCCUGUUAGUUGGGUCCAGAACUUUGGAGCUGAGGGACUGGCCUUGCUGCUGAAUCUGCUAAGAAAACUACAAGACGAAAAAGAAGAUAACUCAAUGAAUGGAGUAAAAUGUCAACAUGAAAUUAUUCGCUGUUUGAAAGCUUUCAUGAACAACAAGCACGGUCUGAAAUCUAUGCUGGACUCAGAAGAGGGAAUUACCCUUCUGGUUAAAGCCAUCAAUCCUAAGGUGCCUCAUAUGAUGGUGGAUGCUGUUAAGCUGUUGUCUGCUCUCUGCAUUUUGGAACAUUCUGAAAACCUUCAUGAACGCGUUUUGGAGGCCAUUACGGAGGAAGCUGAGAAACGGGAAAUUGAGAGGUUUCAGCCUCUCCUUACUGGCAUGAACGUUCAAAACAUUGCUCUUAAGGGUGGCUGCAUGCAACUGAUCAAUGCCUUGAUCAGCCGGGGAGAAGAGUUAGAGUUUCGAAUCCACAUUCGCUCUGAACUGCUACGUUUGGGACUCAGAGACCUGCUGAAGGAGGUGCGGAUGAUAGAAAAUGAAGAGCUGAGGGUGCAACUCAUAGUGUUUGAUGAGCAAGCUGAAGAUGACUCUGAGGAUCUCAGAGCUCGGCUUGAUGAUGUCCGCAUGGAGAUGGAUGAUGUGAGGGACGCGUUUGAGAUUGUAGUCAACACUGUGAAGGACUCAAAGGCUGAAAGCCACUUCCUGUCUAUGAUGCAGCACCUGCUGCUCGUCCGUAAUGAUUAUCAGUCCAGACCUCAGUACUACAAAUUAAUAGACGAGUGCAUCGCUCAGAUCGUGCUUCACAAAAGUGGAGCGGACCCUGACUUCAAGUGCCGUCACCUUAGCUUCAACAUUGACGGGUUGAUAGAUAACAUGGUGAACAAGACCAUAGUGGAAACCAGCGAGGCCAAAGCCAUUGAGCUAGAGAAGAAGCUCGAUGCAGAGUUGAUGGCGCGCCAAGAGUUGCAGGUGGGGCUGAAGAAACUGGAGGGUGACUAUGAGCAGAAGCUGCAGGACCUGAGCCAAGAAAAGGAACAGCUGGCCUCUUCUAAGCAGGAGAAAGAGAAGGAGAUCCAGGGACUACAACAACAACUGAGCACCCUGAAAGAGCAGAAUGCCACACUGUCUAAGGAUCUGGAAGAAGCGAAGACUAAAGUUGUCACGGUUACUGUUCCUGUGCCAACACCCGGUUUGCCCCCUCCGCCCCCUGCUCCACCUCUUCCUGGCCAGAAUGCAAAUAUUCCCCCGCCCCCUCCACCACCGCCUUUACCAGGCCAUUUAGGUGCACAUAUCCCCCCACCUCCUCCUCCCCUACCAGGUCACGCUACCUCCGUUCCUCCUCCUCCUCCACCACCUCCUUUGCCAGGCAUGUCAGUACCUCCACCACCCCCUCCACCUUUACCUGGCAUGGGGCCUCCACCCCCUCCACCUUUACCUGGCAUGGGGCCUCCACCCCCUCCACCUUUACCUGGCAUGGGGCCUCCACCCCCUCCCCCCUUACCUGGCAUGGGGCCUCCACCCCCACCACCACCACCUGGUGGUCCUGGGAUCCCUCCUCCUCCGCCAGGGCCAGGCAUGCCUCCACCUCCACCCUUUGCCAUGGGGGGCUGGGUUAAUGCAGCACCGUCUCUGCCUUAUGGGCUCAAGCCCAAGAAAGAAUAUAAACCUGAGGUCCAACUGAAAAGAGCUAAUUGGAGCAAGAUCGGACCUCAGGAUCUCUCUGAGAACAGCUUCUGGGUCCAGUCAAAAGAGGAUCAGUUUGAAAAUGAUGAACUCUUUGCCAAACUCACCUUGACCUUCUCCUCACAGACAAAGACUAAAAAGGAACAAGAUGAUGACAAGAUGCAGGCUCAGAAGAAGAAGGUCAAGGAGCUGAAGAUUCUUGAUUCUAAAUCUGCACAGAACCUCUCCAUUUUCCUGGGAUCGUUCCGUCUCCCUUAUGAAGAAAUUAAGAACGCCAUCCUGCAGGUCAACGAAAAGAUUCUCACAGAGUCUAUGGUUCAGAACCUUGUCAAACAGCUUCCAGCACCCGAGCAACUGAGUAUUCUGGGAGAAAUGAAGGACGAAUAUGACGACUUAGCUGAAUCAGAACAGUUUGGAGUAGUGAUGUCCAGCGUGAAGAAACUGAUGCCACGGCUCCAGGCCAUCCAAUUCAAGCUGCAGUUUGAUGAGCAGCUGAACAACAUCAAGCCAGAUGUGGUCUCUGUGACAGCUGCCUGUGAGGAGCUCAGGAAAAGCCAGACAUUUGCCAAGUUGCUGCAGAUUAUCUUACUUGUUGGAAAUUAUAUGAAUUCUGGUUCCCGCAAUGGAAGUGCGUUUGGAUUCUCCAUAUCAUAUUUGUGCAAGCUGCGAGACACCAAGUCUGCUGACCUAAAGCAAACGCUGCUCCACUUCCUUGCUGACUUGUGCCAGGAGCAGUAUCCGGAGGUCAUGAGCUUUCCAGAUGAGCUCAUGCAUGUGGAAAAGGCCAGCAGAGUUUCUGCUGAGACAAUACAGAAGAACCUUGACCAGAUGGGCCGUCAGAUCAAGAAUCUGCAAACAGAUUUAGAAACAUUCCCUCCUGCGCAAAGUGACAAUGACCUAUUUGUGGAGAAGAUGUCCAGUUUUGUGACCACUGCUCAGGAGCAGUAUGAGAAGCUGGAUCUAAUGCAUAAGAACAUGGAGAAGGAGUACAAUGACCUGGGAGAUUACUUUGUCUUUAACUCGAAAAAGAUUUCUGUAGAGGAAUUCUUUGGAGACCUCAACACCUUCAAAAACAUGUUUCAGCAAGCAGUGAUGGAGAAUCAGAAGAGGAAGGAGGCUGAAGAGAAGCUCAAGAAAGCCAAGCUAGCCAAGGAAAAAGCAGAGAAGGAGAAGGAGGAGAGGCAGAAGAAGAGCAAACUUCUUGACGCAGAGGAUGAUGAAACUGGCAUCAUGGACGGCCUGUUGGAGGCCCUGCAGUCUGGAGCUGCAUUCAGAAGAAAGAGAGGGCCUCGACAAGCAGCCAACCAUCGAAAAGCUGGUCAUGCAGUAACCAACAUCCUGGCCAGAGAGCUGAUGCAGGAGGACACACCUUCAAGUAAAUUGCCUGCAAAGAAGAAAAAGGCAGAAGAGAAGGAGGAUCCUAUAUUAGAAGGAGCUGAGUCAUUAGACGAAUUACUGGAGGCUUCCCUUCGGUCCAAUUAAGCAGUUUAAGUUUUUUUUUUUUUUUUUUUUUUUUUUUUUUGUUUGUUUUUUUUACCUACAGGAUUAUUGAUAUCAAAAGCACAGAUAUAUUUCUUAAUCAUUCCAGGGGCCAACAUCAGCCUGAGAUUAGUUUGCUGGAAAAGGCCUGUGAUUGUUCCCACCCCUGUGUUCCAGCCACCCUCUUUUAGGAUAGCAUGGACUGUGUCUUCUGGGAGGACGCGGAGGGUCAGAGGAUGAAAGCGGGCGGUCACCUCAACUCCUUUUUGUCAACUGUUGAAUUGUUGCCAAUGUUACACAAAUGAUUUUGCUUUCUUCAGCAUGUGCACAUAUCUGUUAUUAUUCUGUCUUGUUUUUUCUCUUUAUUUCGAUUGAUUCGAGUGUCGUCAAAGGGCAUCGAGAGCAUAUCCAAAGACUUACUGUACUCAGGAGGGAGAUUUCCAGAUCUGAAAUUUAGACUUGUGAUGUUUAGAAUUCGGCGCAUCCUGCAGACGCUUCAUGGGGUUUUAAACCCUUGUUCACUUUGGUGUUUCUUCACGUUGAUUUUUAACAUAUGUAACACACUGCUUUGUAAUUGUGAUACACUGCAUGUCACUGUUUGCCCUUUUGUGCCAACCAGCAGAAAUCCUGUCUCAUCCUUUCACUUCUACUGUAUGUCUUGUCCAAUCACACUUUGCACUGGGGUGAGUGUGUAGAACAGUCCAACAACAGUUCUCACCUGAGGGUUUCAAUGUGUUUCUGCUUUUUUUAUUCUAUUCCUUUUCACUGUGCAUAAGUUGAAUUCCACAUAUAAAUGGGCAUAAUUUAUAAAAACUUAGGAGUUAGUCACAAUUUAUAUAUGCUUUCAUCAAUAAACUGUAGAAGGUUCAGUCAGCCAAAAAAAACAAAACAAAACAAAAAAAGGCUGUUUUCAUGCAAACUUGGCUCAAGCAGUUCACAUGCCUGUGUGUUUGUGUGUAUGAAUGUGUGUGAGUGAAGGAGGCGAUCUAUAUUUAGCUUUGCGUGCACAACUGGAUCCCUGCAUGUGUGUGUGUGUGUGUUGCCAUCUGUAAUUACUGCACGGUACCGGCCGUGCUGUCAUAAAUGCUCGGGUUUCAGAAAUAGCGUUGUGGUCUUUCUGCUGAGGAUAUUAUAGCACACUGGAAAACGGCCCAAAACUGCUGAGACAAGUAUGUGUGUGUUUUCGUUUGUUCGCCCACUUUCUCUACGCCGAGCUGCAACUGCAGUUCACGAAUGUCUGGCAUUGCUUCUGUUUGCAAUUAGUAGCCAUCAGCGUAGAUGUUGCCAUGAAGUUGUGUAAUAAGCUGACAGAAAAACCCUAGACACGAUGUCAGCUGCUCCUCGCAACAUUCAUACCUAUGCAAUCGUAAUACUGUAGCGUGCACUCGAGCCCCGAUACCCAGCCAGUCUCAGGGUGGAAAAAGUGUGCUUGUGAUGUAGGGAAAUCUUUACAGCUCCAAAUGUUACAUGUCAGAAAUCCCAAAACUGUUUUUGUUCUCCACACCAGCAAUUACAUGACAUGAAAAGUUAUGUGUUUAUCUAAAGAAACUGGCACUUAACAUAAGAAGAAAUGAUGUUCUUCCAAAAACCAAGUGCUGGUACGGCGACACUGAGAAUAAUUACUGUAGGUGCCUAAGCCCAUGGACUACUGCCCUUGCUUGCAAGCCCAACAUACAUCGUGGUUAUAUUACAUGACUGAUGCCAGGAGUGAACCAGAUACUGGAAAGUUGCUGUUAGGAAAUGACAGAACAUCACUGGAAUAUGUGUUGUUUUUCUAAGCGGAGUCAGGUUUUGUUCAAUUUUUUAAAGAGGUUGUUUUCUAAUUGCAUUUUUACGGUUCAUUAUUUUAACAUAUUUGUGUGGAGACGAUAUAUUUUUGUUUUUGUUUUUCCUGCGAAUGCUACAUGUGUACAGAAUAAUGCACUUAGUUAUUCUGUUUGCUACACAGAUCCAUUAAAAUGUCUUGAGUACUUUAA